GCAUGGUUUCAGUGCGGUUUUAUCAAGUCUAGCUAUUAACUUAACUAUUUUAAUUCGUUUUAACACGAAAAAUAAAUUAAAAACAAAAGUUAACCUUCAUAUUUUUUUUAAAUUUAUCAAUUUAAUUUUAAUCUAUACCAAUAGUAUUAUUUAUUUUAAAGUGAUAAGAUUAAAAAUAGAUGGAGUUUAAGUUCGUAAAUUUUCAUUGAUAUUAUUUGACAAGUAUUAAACAUAAAAUUAUUUUAAUCCCGACUAUGACAACUGAAAAUAAUUCAACGGUUAAUGAUAGUAACGGUCAAAAUUCAUUAGUACACGAUAAUAACAAUGAAGUUUUUACGAUUACGAAAAGUAAAGUGCCCAAGGCGAUGGAAGGAAAAAAGAUGGAUUUCGACGACUUACUGCCUUAUGUAGGAGAGUUUGGAUUGUAUCAAAAAAUAUUGUUUUUAUUAAUGAUACCAUUUGCUUCAUUUGUCGCAUGGGUUUACUUUACACAAAUAUUUAUUACACUAGUGCCAGCCGAACAUUGGUGUAAAGUCCCUGGAUUAGAGAACCUUACUGUUGAACAGAGAAUAGCACUAGCGAUACCUCCCGCGGGGAUUUAUGAUAAUGCCGGUGCUUCAGGAAAUUCACGUUGUUCUAUGUAUAAAGUUAAUUUUACUGAGAUUUUGAUAAACCGCACUGGAAUAAUACCUGUUGCUGAUCCCUCAUGGCCAGUACAAAAAUGUCAGUAUGGCUGGGAAUACAAUUUCACGGAAAUACCAUAUGAAACUGUUGCAACAGAGAAUAAUUGGGUUUGUGAUGACGGUGCACUGCCUACAUACGCUCAAAGUAUAUUUUUUAUUGGAGCAAUAUGUGGUGGUUUACUUUUCGGUUACAUAGCCGACAGAUAUGGACGAAUUCCCGCAUUGGUAGGCGCAAAUAUAAUCGGAUGUGUUGCCGGAAUAGCAACUGCAUUUUCUAAUACCUUUUGGGAAUUCGCAGCAUGUCGUUUCCUUUUGGGUUUUGCAUUUGACAAUUGCUUUACCAUGAUGUAUAUUCUAGUUCUUGAGUAUGUGGGACCAAAAUGGCGUACUUUUGUCGCAAAUAUGUCGAUCGCAUUGUUCUUCACGGCCGCAGCUUGCGUACUUCCAUGGAUAGCUUAUUAUCUAGCGGACUGGCGUAUGACCACUAUUGUUUUAUCCAUUCCACUUGCACUUUCUGUAUUGACGCCGUGGCUUGUACCUGAGAGUGCAAGGUGGCUCGUAAGUCAAGGACAGAUAGAUCGCGCCAUUCAUAUUCUUAAGAAAUUUGAAAGGAUCAAUGGUACCCAAGUUCCUGACAAUGUUUACAAAUGUUUUAAAGAAAGUUGUGAACAAGAACUUUCAAUGGAAGAAACCGAUAAAACAUAUUCAGCGAUUGACCUUUUCAGAAGCCCACGUCUACGUAAAAUAGUAUUAUUAUUAAUUAUUAUCUGGAUGGCAAUAUCUCUGGUGUUCGAUGGUCACGUACGUAACGUCGACAAUCUCGGCUUAAAUGUAUUUAUUACAUUCACAAUAGCCUCGGCCACAGAAAUGCCAGCUGAUACAUUACUGACAUUAUUACUUGAUCGGUGGGGACGUCGUUGGCUAGCAUUCGGAUCAAUGGCUGUGUCUGGAAUCUUUAGCCUUGGAGCCUGUGCAGUUUCUAGCCGCAUUUAUGCAGCAUCACUGGCCAUCGUUGGCAGAUUUUUUGUAAACAUAUCUUACAACAUUGGGCUUCAGUAUGCCGCUGAAUUAUUGCCGACUGUUGUACGUGCACAGGGUAUGGCACUUAUUCAUAUAAUGGGAUAUGUUGCCAGUAUCAUAGCACCUUUCAUCGUUUAUCUUGCUGUAAUAUCACCAGUAUUACCUUUAUUGUUACUUGGAAUUAUGGGUAUAAUCGGUGGUGCACUUGCUCUUUUUCUUCCCGAGACUCUCGAUCACGAAUUGCCUCAGACGUUGCAAGAUGGCGAAGAUUUUGGAAAAGAUCAAGGCAUUUGGGAUGUUCCUUGUCUGAUGAAGAAAGCUGAUCAUGAAAAAAGGCCAGAAUUUAUUAGGUCAUACAGAACUGACAGUAUUCGUAGUUCUGGCCGCUUGUCACUUCGAGGUGAAGUGUUGCGAAGUAGCAUGAUCCAAAGAUCUAGUGUGAGAUCACAGAAAAAUUUGUCGACACCUCUCGAGGUGGUAAAAUUAUAAACUAACAUUUUUUUUAAAUUUUAGUAAGUUAAUUUUUUUAUUUUUUCAUUAAUUCAUUAUCAUUAUUUUUGUAUAAUAUGUCACUGUAAUUUGAAAUUAUUACGAAAGAGAAUUAUUACGAGCAAUAAUCGAAGUAAUAUAAGAUAGAUAUUUCUUCAACGAGAAUUCUUAAGUAUCGAAUUUAUUAUUUUUUUAUCGAUCUCUUUUUUAUGUAUCGUAUGAUAUUGUAAUUUUAAACGUUAUUGCUUGUUAUCAGAGCACAUUAUGAGCGUUAUCAAAAAAUAUGCAUAACGUUUUUUAUUUAUUAUUACUUAUUAAUUUUAUAAUUGCAUAAUUUUUAGCAAAAUUAUUUUAUAGACAUCGAUGUCUGCGAAUGUGAAGUCAUUCUGGUUUAAUAUGAUGGAGUUGGAAAGUUAUUUUAGAAUGAAAUAACAUAAUUUUUUUUUCGGUCAAUAUUCAAGUUUUCUUCGUAAGAAGUUGUAACUUUAAAAAGAAAUACCUUCGGUGACGAGAAAAAAUUAUUUGCUGACGAUAUAAUUUACAUUUAUUAUGUAAACUUUAAAAUGUCGAAUUAUAAAAUAAAUAAAAAAUGAUAAUAAUUUUUUUAUUUUUACUUCGAAUAUUUGAAAAAAUUAUUAAGGUCUACGAUAGAAUAUAAUUAUUGAAAAAAUUAUAUUUGUACAAAUUUAGAACCAAAAAAUGAUUAAAACUACGAGAAGUUCAUUAAUCUGACUGUACAAAUUUUUAAAUUUUAGUACAGUAGAACCUCGUUAUAAGACUACACGUUAUAAGACUCUUCUCCUCAAUUUGUUAAAAUUCGCUCGGAACGCUUCCCCCACCAACAACUCAAUAAAAGUUUUGCGGCGAAACUUCGCUAUAAGACUAACGAACAGUACGAAUAAAAUUGAGAUAAAAUGUACAUACAUAAAGAUUUUAGAUUAAAUAAUUUAUUUUCAUAAAGAAUACUUAAAAUUUUGUAGUAUCACUGAAUUAAUUAACAGAAAAAAACGACAAAAUUCUGUUUAUUUAUGAUUAAAUAUAAAAUAAAUUCACUGUAUAAUAGAGUAGAUUUGAACCGAAUACAUAAAUAAAACGCAAAAUUGCGUUUUAUUUAGUUAGUCUUAUAACGAGGUUUGGGCGCAAACGCUGUUAAGCAUAAUAGUGGGGGUAGCACAAUAGUGGGGGUACCUCAAUUCUAAGAAUUUUUUCUCCUACAACCCCGAGCUAGUCUUAUAACGAGGUCCUACUGUAUAAAUAAAAUUUCUCAAGUCAAUCCAAAUUUUUUUUUUCAAAUUCAGAUCUAAAAUCUGAUGUAUCUCGUAAAAAAUGUACGGAUCCCGAUAGAUGUAUGGAAAUAUCAUUUCUUCAUGAUCCUGAAGUUAACAGACAAUUAAAAAUUUGCAGAUUUUUGUUCCGACAAAUCAAUUACAAAAAAAAAUAAAAAUAUACGCAUGUAGAAAAUUUUGGAAACUACAGAUGUAAUUUUUUCAAAUAUUUUUUUUUUUAUAAUUUAUCGUUUAAAAAAAAAUCAAAAAAUCAUUAGACCUUGGCUAACUUCAGUUUCGUCAUUUCUUCUUAAUUUAUUCUAAUUUGACAGAUUUGAGAUAAAGAACUAAUUGUUUUUUUUUCGGUUGAUCAAAUUUACUACCUGCUCAGAUGAGAAAGAACAGUACAGUCACUUGUAAAGUUGGAUUAGCGAGCGAAUUCUAUUCGUGUAUCUUCGGUUUUCGUAAGUUUCCGUAAGCUCAGUUCUUUCAAAAGGUAUUCCCUUGCUUACCUAUUUAUAUUUAGUGAUCAUCACUGCCCAGCGCAGAAAACAUUAUUACUUUUUCUCCGUGCAAAAUUUAAAGAUAAAAAUUUUUCGCUUUUGACUAAAAAAAUUAAGUAAACUAUUACUCAUUAGAGUUUACCAGAAAGUAUCUCCAAUAUUGUAUAUAUUUAAUCCAUCAAAACCAGAAUUACUCCAUAAGCUCCUUUUCGUAAAAAUUCAAAAAUUUUCAAAUAUUACUUGCCGCUUUUUUUCUUCGGAAGUAAGAAAAAAAAAAUUUCCUAGAUUCAAAAAUGAUAAAUACUUAAAAUGUAACUGUACAAUUAAAAUAAAGUCAUUAAAAUGUAAAUAUAUAAUUAUAAAAAAAUAUAAAAGUGUGAUUAAUAAAAAAAAAAUACCACCGAAAGUAAUAAAUGC